GAAAGCCGCGCGCCGAGCUCCCGGGAGCGGCGAGAAGACCCUGGCGCCGAGAGCUGUCCUUGUUGGGUCGGCAGGUCGGCGCUGUAGACCCGGGCUGGCGCUCCGGGCUCCCCGACGCCCCUUGCCACUCGCAGCCGCGCGCCUCGGCUCGGCUGCACCCGCUCCGGGAGUCCCCAUCAUGCGCCCAGGCUAGUGCGCCCGGGGCCCAGCGCGGACUUUGGGCGCGCGACGGGCAUGCCGUCCGGUCCCGCCGCCGGCAUGCUGCACCAGCUGCUCCUCGCCACGCUCUGGCUCGCCGGCCGCUUGGGCCCGAGCCGCGGCUGCCAGCUGCCCUCCGAGUGGAGACCCCUGAGCGAGGGCUGCCGUGCAGAGCUGGCCGAGAUCAUUGUGUACGCCAAAGUGCUGGCGCUGCACCAGGAGGUGUACAGCAUGUACAACUACCUGCCGUGGCAGUACGAGGCCAGCGAGGGGGGGCUCUUCUACUCGGCCGAGAUCGAGAUGCUGUGCGACCAGGCGUGGGGCAGCAUGCUGGAGGUGCCCGCGGGCUCCAGGCUCAACCUCACGGGCCUGGGCUACUUCUCCUGCCAUUCCCACACCGUGGUUCAGGAUUACUCCUAUUUCUUCUUCCUCAGGAUGGAUGAAAAUUAUAACCUCUUGCCUCAUGGGGUCAAUUUUCAAGAUGCCAUCUUUCCAGACACUCAAGAGAACAGAAGGAUGUUUUCCAGCCUUUUCCAGUUUUCAAACUGUUCUCAGGGGCAGCAGCUGAUGACUUUCUCCAGUGACUGGGAGAUCCAGGAAGAUAAUAGGCUCAUGUGUUCCUCGGUGCAGAAGGCCCUGUUUGAGGAAGAGGACCACGUAAAGAAACUUCAGCAGAAGGUGGCCACCCUUGAGAAACGAAACAAGCAGCUCCGGGAGCGGGUGAAAAAGGUCAAGCGGUCUUUGCGGCAGGCUCGGAAGAACAGCCGCCACCUGGAGCUGGUGAACCAGAAACUCAACGAGAAGCUGGGGGCACCCGCUGGCCGGAUCCCGCACCUCAAUGCCCUGAAGCCCGAGCACGCCCGUGCCAGCUAUCUCCGGGGGUAGGGCUCGGGCCACGCGGACGGAGCGGGCUUAGGGCAUUUCCUGUCAACAGGCGAUUGAAAAUGAUGGUGGUUUUCUGUGUGUACAUAUUUCAAAUCUUAUACAGGAUAUUUUUACUAUGCAUUUGGUAGAGUCUACUUUGUUAAAAUGGCAAGUUUGCUUUCACGUUGGUUACUAGCCUUGCUGUCCUCAGCAUCACACCUCACCUGCUGCCUGCCCUAGCCCGGUGGUGCUCUGAAGUUCUCUGUUUGCCUGCAGGUCAGUUCUCAGCUUCCAGUCACAACCCCUAACUGAGGGAUGGGGGAAAGGGCAGUGAGUGGGGAAAGAACACUAGAUGUGCCAGAGAGCCAAGGGCUUAGCCUUUAUUUCAGCAGGGUCGGUGGGUUCUAAACUCUAAGCUUCAGUACAACCUUGAUGGGCGAUCUUAAGCAAGUCGUAGAACCUUCUGGAGCCUCCUUUUCCACAUCAUCGGAAGGGAGAUGGUAGCAUUGCAAAGUACCCAAGGAUGUAUAUGAAUAAAUAUGCGCACGGCAUCUCUACCCAGCCAGCAUUUCCCUCGAAGCCAAGGCACAUAAAGGCUUCGUGAGCUCAUCACAGGUAAGGGAAUUGAGUUGGGAGUGGGGCAGCAGGUAAUUAAACAGGAUGAAUUAUACCUGAUUUCCAACACCAUUUACCAGAGCUGAAGAUAAUACUUAUGGGUCACUUGACUCUAGAGGGGAAUUGCAGUUAUAAGCCUGUCAUGUUUCAUCAAACCACGUUUCUAUAUGGGGGGAGCCUGAGCAAUACCUCACCCCCUGCUAACUCCUAACGUAUUUGUUUGCUCCGUAAUUGCUUCUAACUUCUCCAAAUUCAAAGUGAACUGACCCAAUACACUGUAAACUUCCAUUCUACAAAGACCCCUUCUUACACGUUGGGCUCAGGUGAACUUAUUCCCAUGCAGACUCUCCGGAAUCUUGUUCCAGACAGUUUUAUUUCUUCUUUUCAACGUAAACACUUCCCAUCCACCAGCGCUGUCUAUGCCCUGACAGCAAUAUUUGCACAUCUGUCAUGUGUCUGUACAUUGGUUCCUAUACAUAAUCACAGCACUUCAUCCUCUUUAAAAAAGAAAACUUUGAAAAGAAUUUUAAAAAGAAAUUAGUUGCCUUGGAGUUGAUUCUGACUCAUGGCAACCCCGUGUGUGCAGAAUAGUAGUACCACAGUCCAUGGGGUUUUCAUGGUUGUGACCUUUUGGAAGCAGAUUUCCAGGUCUUUCUUCUGAGGUGCCUCUGGGUAGAUUAAAAGUGCCAGCUUUUCCGUUAGUAACUGUGCACUUAACUGUGUGUACCACCCAGGGACUCUUUAAAACAAUACUGCAAAUAAAAAAGACUCUUCACUAUACCUGAUCACUGGAGGCCUUGACAUAGGCACAUGCGAUCAGGUCGCAGUUGUCUUAUUAAGUAGUCAGCUGUGCAGCUGUCUCUUGGUCAUCUUCUAAUGGUGACUUCCCAAACCAAGUGCUAUUCCACUGGCAGAAACUGCUGCCUCCCACAUAUGAAUCUGGCACCCAUAAAUGACCCUAGGUACUGUUGGGCCCUGGUUAUACUGUCUUCUCCAUCAAAAAUGACAGUUGCUAUCAGAUUUACAUUCUUCCUUUAGGAAAACAUUGUACUUCAUGCCCUGGCAGCCAUUCUGGGGAGAUGACCCGUGUGUUCACUUGAGUCUUGGUGGCAGGCUGCUGCUCGGGAGGGAGUAGGGGAUAUAGCCAAGCACCUUGGGGAGAAGUCUGUGCCCUGUAUUGGAUGGAACAGGGGGUCUUGUUCACGGGUACUUGCAUUUCCAAGCUUCUGCUGCUGCUUUGUUAGUUGUAUUCUUCAUAGGAUGGUACAAUAGGAGGUGUAUCCUCUAGUUUAUCCUUCCUGGUGACGUUUCAUUAUAGCAAUGCCGCAUCCACCCAAGGGAAUGAUAAGCCUGAGGGUGAUUUACAGCAAGCACUUGAGGGACUUUGGAAGCUGGGUCCCCACAGAUGCCUUACGUUCUGCUUUUUCAAUAAAUGUGAGCAGUGAUUUCAACCACAGCAACCAGGCAAUGUGUGUUUCUUUUGGGUCAGGGAGGUUUCAGGAUUUCCAGCUUUUGCCUGGAAAAGUGAUUUGAGAUCCUUUGGGGGAAAAGCCUGGGGCAUUUAGGAGCCUGAGUUCAAGCUCUCCUGCUGUCCCCGUCUGGACAUGGCCUAACCCUGACUCUCCCCAGGUUCCCAUCUCUCUACACACCUGCAGCAAAGCAAUAUUAUCCUGACCUGCUGCUCACAAGGGACAAGCACCUCCAUUAAUCAGUGUCUCCAAAAGUACACUGAGGUCUGUUGCCAAAGGGAACUCCCCAGGUAUCUGUUAUCUGUUGUGUUGUCAUCUCACCCCAGCCUUUGCCACCUGUUAACUGUACUGGUAGGAAUUUUUCAUGCGUCUGACUCCAAGAAUACUCAGAACUUGGCCGACUUUCACCAGCCUGUCCUGGCACCAUCCCUGAGAUGCAGGCCAUUGCUUAGUUAUACUUUGUGGUACAAGGAGGCCAGUGACUUUUCCAAAGUCACAUAGUUAAGCGAGAGGCAGGUGGAACCUGGAACCUUUAAACCAUAAUCACCAGGAGUCACAAACUGGCAGCACAUGGGCCACACCUAGCCUGUGGGUGAGGUUU